CUUUGCAAUCGAAUUUUGCGUAGUUCUAAAAACAGCUGUGGUCACACAGCUGAUGAAAUUUAUUUGCCACAAAUGCCGGUCAAUUUGUUUUAAAAAUUUCUGAGUGUGCUGUGUACGUUUAGCAGGGAAAAUGUCUCAACAUAAUAGAGAUGGAGAAGUCACAAAAGCCAGCCUUUUAAUGCUGAACGAUGAUUGCUUGCUGGAAAUCUUCAAGCAACUAAAUUUGGUGGAACAGGUGCGUUUGGCAACGGUUUGCCCACGUUUGCGUAGCGUAUUUCAAUAUUACUGUCAAAGGCAUUGCAAAAUAUUGCGAAAAUACGAUCUUAAUGAUAUGAGUACGCGUGAGAUAAGACGAUUUUUUGAAAUGGCUGGUAAUUACUUAGAGGAACUUGUUAAUCUACCCUAUAAUGAUCAGGAACGUAAUGAAUAUGUAACGCAAGUAAAUAAAAAUUGUCCAAAUGUACGACGAAUUUAUUUUGGAAUGACAAAAAUAAAAUCCAAAUGUUUACGCAAAUUACUUAUGAAUAUGAAACACUUAAAUAGUUUGCAUUUGCAAAAGUGUUCGCUGGACGACAAUGCAAUGAAAAGUGUAUCGGAAUUGGCAACCUUAGAGAUUUUGAGACUAGAGGGUGAAGAAGACAUAACGGGACGCUAUUUAAGUAAACUAAAAUGCCUAAAAGAACUGACUUUUGUUGAAUGUGGCAUACAGGAUGACUUCUUUGUGGAAAUUUGCACAUCGCUUAAGGACCUCAAAAAGCUAACACUACAAUGGUGCGAUGCGCUCACUGAUGUGGCUAUUUCAGCGCUGCCAGUCAAUUGCGUAAAUUUAGAAAAACUCAAUAUAUCGUGUAAUCAAAGCUUUGAAUACUACGAUAUAGCACGAUUGCCACAACUUGUUGAUUUGGAAUUGUCUGCCGAAAUGUUUAGAACACAAUCAUUUAAUUUAUUACUCAACCGUUUGGCCGACCAAAAGGGUGAGCAAUUGGAGUGUUUGCGUAUUUUUUCGCCCAGACUCAUUGUUGAUGACGGUAUGCGACCUUUGUCACAAUUUAAGAAUUUAAAAGUAUUCGGUUGCGAUUGCAGUAAAUAUAUAGAUGCUACAUGUUUGCGAUAUAUUUGUGCAUUACAACACUUGGAAACAGUGAGUUUAAGGUACUGUCGCUCAGUUACUAAUGAAGCGGUGUUGGUGUUGUUGGACGGCUGUCCAAAGCUAAAGUAUAUUAAUGUGAUGCAUUGUGAUCAGUUAACAGAAGAGUUGAUCUAUAAGACGAUAGACUUGCUGCAAAGAAAGCAAGUUGACAAGCAACGUGCACGUGAUAAUUUGCCAGUGCUAAUGAUGGUUGCCGGCACGAGAAUAAGGCAUAUAAUUUUGGAUGAUACCAAGUACUUAGAAGCAUUGGAAGGUGGCCUAUUAAAGUUGAGCUUCGCCAAUCCCUUUCAAUUCCCAUAUGAAAAUUUAUACUACACAUAUAACGUGCCAGCCAUUCGUGAACUUAAACACUUUUAUUGAAAGCCGAAAUAAAUAGUUCUUUUCGCGCAUUGUUAUUAGCAGUAGUUACAGAACAUAUAUUAGAAAACUGAAAAUAUUUGUUCGUUAAACGCUUUUAAACACUGCCUACGUGCUUUGAGUGGUUAUUU